AUGCAUUCUUUACCAAGAUUAACAAGUUAGAGCAUAAACUGUCAUAUUAGCAAUUAAUCAGACUCAUUAAGUAGUAGAAAAUUUCAUCUUGGAGAAAAUGUCCUCUAUUAAAUUCAUAAAAAAGCUUUGUCAGAAUAUUUGAAGUCAGGAGUGAUUGAUUAGAAAAUAGUUUAAUUAAAUUUGUUAAAAAUGAGCAAAUUAAAUACACAAGACCUUUCUGUAUUAAAAGAUGUUUAUUUAUAACCUUUUUCAAGUAGAAUUGAGUAAUAAUAAGCUAAAAAUAUUUUAUCUAAAGUAAGUUUAAUUAAGUAAAUUUAAGAUAAAAACACAGAGAAAUCCAAAAAGUAUAUAUUUAAAUGAAAAGAACUAUAAUGAACUAAGUUAAGAAGAAAUUGAUUUUAUGUCAGUUGAAGAAUAAUUGUACUAUUUUUACUUAUUAAAUAGAAAAUAAUGCUUGAGAUCUAAAAUAAAUACUUCUAAAGUCUUUAAUGGAACUUAUUUAAUAGAUCCCACUAUUAAUGAUCUUAAGAAAAUUAAUUUACAGGGAAAGAGAUAAUUACAUAAUUUACUUAAUAUGGAACCAAAGAAAAAAUUACAUAAAAAAACAUCUUUGUUGCAAAGACAAUCUAGCAUUUUAAAUCCUUUACAUUGCCAUAAACCAUCAAUUCAAAAUAUAGAAGUAGAAGAUGUUACUUAAUAUAUGUCAUCUAAAAUAUUAGAAUCUAAAGCUAACAUUGAAUAAUUAGUUGAAAGAUUUAAAUAACCUGAAAUAUCUGAAAAAUAAUAACAUUUUUUUAGACUAAUUUAAAAUUGUGAUUGCAAAUCUCUAAAUUAAUUUUUUUAAGACAGAUCCUUUGAUAAUUAGAUAAUCAAUACACCUGAUCAAGUACAUUUGUGAAAAAAAUUAUUUUUAGAAAGGGUUUUACGCAAUUCAUAUAGCAAUCAAAAAAUAAAAUCCAUAGUUAUUAAGACUACUUUUAAAAUAUGGAGCAAGAACUGAUUUACUGACUAAAAAUGGGAAAUCAAUUUAAUAACUGAGUGACCUUUACUAAAAUUAAGAAAUUAAAGAAAUUCUAGAAAGGGAAAAAUAUUUUAAAUGA